CCACCCGCUUUUUGCCGCGCGUUUCCGUUUCUUCCCCAAUUCUUCACCUAAUUUUCCCGCUAUUUCUUCUACCACCAUAACUCGAAGUUGGAAAUUUUCUCGGGAAGUGACAGUGCGGCGGAAGUUUCUCCCUUUACAAUUCAAUGAACUCCCGCGAGCUCGCCCUGGUCUCCACCGCCGCCGUUUUCGGUGCCCUGGCCUCUGCGCUCACUAGCCGUUUCUUCUUUUCAAACCCUAAGAGGCAGUCCCCCAAACUCGAUUUGUCGAAAAACGGCGUCGUUUCCAGGAAAUGCUCUUCUCAGAGCCCUUUCGACCCCUCAAAGCGCGAAGGAUAUUUAUCAUGGGAUGAUUAUUUCAUGGCAAUUGCAUUUUUAUCAGCUGAAAGAUCCAAAGAUCCUAACAGGCAGGUUGGAGCAUGCUUGGUGAGUGAAAAUGGUGUAAUUCUAGGAAUUGGAUAUAAUGGGUUCCCGAGAGGUUGUUCGGAUGACAAGCUUCCUUGGGCAAAGAAAUCCAGAACUGGGGAUCCUUUGGAGACAAAGUAUCCUUAUGUUUGUCAUGCUGAAGUCAAUGCUAUCCUAAACACGAAUCAUGCUUCUGCUGCAGGACAGAGGCUUUAUGUGACCAUGUUCCCCUGCAAUGAGUGUGCCAAGAUAAUCAUUCAGUCAGGAGUCGCCGAAGUUAUAUAUUUUGUGGAAAAGAGGUUAAACAAUCCAGAAGUUGCCUACAUUGCUUCCCAUAAACUACUAUCAUUGGCUGGUGUGAAAGUCAGGAAACAUCAACCAUACCUGAACCAAAUUUUAGUCAAGUUUGAGGAGCCCUAGAUUUUGUAUCGUUCGUUACCAUAAACCGGUAAGCGGACCUUCAUGCUCGGCGUCACCUUUUCCCCUCUCGAGUGUAAGCAUCUAGUAUUUGGUUGUUGUCUCUUGAAUCAUGACUCACUUGUAGGCACAAUGUUUGUAUUCAAUUCUGUACUUGGGUCUGUUGUAAGUUCUGAACCAUGGAAGAGAAAAUACCGAAUCAUAUGAACUCACGAGACGCUAACAACCUAUUGUGAUUGUACGGAAGUGAUUUUUCAAUCUUCCGAUUUCAAUAUUUCUGCCCGACAAAUUUGGAAGAUAUGGAAAACCAUUCAUGUCGUUUUAGGACGGAUUAGAAGGGAAUCAACAAGAAGAUUAUUAUCUACAACACUAGAAAACCCCACCGAGCUUGAUAAGUCUCUAUUUGUCGGUGUCUAUGGUUGAACCCCGCUACAUGUAACAUGAAAUGAUUUUGAUAAGUCUUUAUUUAUCGGUGUCUAUGAUUGAAUCUUGUUGCUUGUAACAUGAAAUGAGUUUGAUAAGUCUAUUUAUCGGUGUUUUUUACU